AUGACCCGGCGCGACUACGAUGCAUGGCGAGAUUUCGUUGGCAUUCGGCGCCCGGUAGAAUCCGAUUCCGACGACGAUUCCGACGAGAAUGACUCUUCGGCAUUCAAUCCAGAUUUGGAAGAGGAGACGCAUGAACGUCCACUUACGGAUAAACAACGAGCGAAGCUUGACUCCAAGGCUGCGAGAAAGGCCCGACCAACUAUGGACGACGCGGCAAGACAGUUAGCAACCAAGCUGUUGGACGAUCACGGCCGCCUGUACACAGAGGAAGACCUUGACGAGGACGUUCAUCUUGCUCGAGCGCUGAAACUUAUCCACUCGAAAAAGCUUGGACUACCUUUCGAUACCGUACCAGGCGUACAUAUAAAGUACAACAAAUUCCCUAAUGACAUGCUAGAGGUGAUGGAAGAGAAGCUCGCAGUCAAGGACGGAGCGCGGCCGGCGCUCACGCAUAUGUUAACCGGUGGACGCAUGGAAGGCCCCAAGGAAAAGAGCAAGAAGAGGGUUUCGGGUGACUUGGCGCAACCUGAGACACUGAAGAAGAGGGCCUGAGGCUCAGCAUGAUGAACCUGGCGAAGUGGUGGAAUAAAAGGUUAUGCAUGUCCAAGAUCAUUGAUCGGGCCGUAGGAAGUAGGGCACUCUUCUCGCACGAUAAUAUCCUUUAGCCAAGGUCGUAAGAAUGCACCAAGAUUGCUCUCUCUCAAACAACACGAGCACGAAAAGUAAC